AAGUAAGGGAGAGCCGGAAGUUCCAAAGCCUGUACCGAGAAAGUGGGGGCGGGGGAGGAGGAAGACUCAGGGUAGGAAUGGCGGCUCAAAUUCCAAUUGUGGCCACUACUUCCACUCCGGGGAUAGUUCGGAACAGCAAGAAGAGGCCAGCCAGUCCUUCCCACAACGGCAGCAGCGCUGGCGGUUACAGUGCCAGUAAAAAGAAAAAAGUGUCCGCCGCCAGCUUUACGCAGGGUAUCAGCAUGGAAGCCAUGAGCGAGAAUAAGAUGGUGCCCUCUGACUUCAGCACGGGACCUAUGGAAAAAGCUGCCAAGCCAUUGCCAUUUAAGGAUCCAAACUUUGUGCACUCUGGCCACGGUGGCGCAGUCGCCGGCAAGAAGAACAGAACCUGGAAGAACCUGAAACAGAUCCUCGCCUCUGAAAGGGCAUUGCCGUGGCAACUGAACGAUCCCAACUACUUCAGUAUUGAUGCUCCUCCCUCCUUUAAACCAGCUAAGAAGUAUUCUGAUGUUUCAGGUCUUCUUGCCAACUACACUGACCCCCAGAGCAAGCUGCGGUUCAGCACCAUCGAAGAGUUUUCCUACAUCCGGAGGCUGCCCUCUGACGUCGUCACUGGCUACCUGGCCCUGAGGAAGGCCACAAGCAUCGUUCCCUGAGCCUGGAGAAAUGGGGAGGCGGUGGAAAGCUGUUUCAAAGGCAAACUUUGGACUCAUGAUUUUGUUUCAUGGAAACAAACUCAUUCUGCUGUCAAUCUGGAAAUGUCAGUGCUGUGCCUUGGAAAGAAUGUUUGGCUUAAAUUUCAGGGUUUUUUUUUUUUUUUUUCUUUUCUAUGUUUUCCCUCCAACUGUGAUAUUUCCUGUUGAAUUAAAUUAUAUUUCAGUUGUUGCCUCAAGUAAAGUUGUUUGACAAGAAAAUAUAAAAUUUUGCUUUUAACUUAA